AUGUCUAAACCACAGGUCCUCAUUGCUGCAAACCCCAAGAACGGUAUCGUCUGGUCUAAGGAAGAGCAGAACUCCAAACUUGGAGCGGUCGCUGAGGUUCUCGAACUCACCUCAUCCUCCAGAGAAGAAUUUUACAAAGACCUCUCAUCAGGUGGGAAAUACGCCAAUAUCGUCGGUAUAUACAGACACAAUGACUCUGCUUCUGCUAUUGGGAUCUUCGACAAAGAUUUGAUCGAACAUUUACCAAAGAGUGUAAAGUACAUCGCUCAUAACGGUGCAGGAUACGACCAAAUUGAUAUCGCCGCAGCUACUGCCAAAGGGAUUGAAGUUUCCCACACACCCGGUGCGGUCGAUGCUGCCACUGCUACCGUCGGUGCAUUCUUGGCUAUCUCAGCUAUGAGACAGUUCUACCGAGCUGAAGUUAAUGUGAGAAAUGGUCAAUGGAAAUCUGGUUUGUCACCUGCUAGAGAUCCCGAGGAGAAGGUUUUGGGUAUUAUAGGUAUGGGAGGUAUCGGUAAGGCCCUCGCUCGUCGAUUGAUAGCCUUCGACAUGAAAGUAAUCUACCACAACCGAAAUGAAAUUACCCCACCACCCGAUUUCCCAUGUACCUAUAUCCCCAACGUGGAAGAUCUCUUAAAGCAAUCCGAUAUCGUUUCGUUGAACUUGCCCUUGAACGAUAAAACCAAAGGAAGUUUCGGUAAGAAGCAAUUUGAUCAAAUGAAAGAUGGUAGUGUGUUGGUCAAUACUGCCAGAGGAGCUGUGGUUGAUGAGGAGGCUUUGUUGCAAGCUUUGGAUAGCGGUAAACUCUUCAGCGCAGGUCUUGAUGUCUUCCCUGAUGAACCCAACGUCAACCCUAAACUCUUACAAAAUGACAAGAUCACCGUACUGCCUCAUAUGGGUACUGAGACCAGAGAUUCUCAAAAGAAGAUGGAAAUUCUCGUAUUGGAUAACCUCAUCUCGGCUCUCAGUGGUAAAGGUUUAUUGAACCAAGUUCCCGAACAAAAGAAAUAA